CCACGUGUUGUAAACAAAACUGCGGCCAAUCGAUGUCCUCCCUCCUCCAUAAGCCCAGGUUCGGCGUGGAGCCAAUCUCUGGCGGUGGCGUAGACGUAGAAGCUCCGUUCUGUCCUCACGGACCUACUCUAGUGUUCGAGAGGUACUACGCAGAUAGAGAGCCGCGAAAGUUCUUCGCCUGCGCCCUGCACAGAGAUAGGAAAGGCUGUCCAUUCUUCCACUGGGUGGACGAGAGUAUAUCAUCAGAGAAGAGGGAGAGGUGGUUGCAGGACUACAGAGAUAGCAACCCUCCACUGGAUCGAUCGGCACUCGCUGCGUCGCUGGAGGCUGUUCGUUCCCUCCCUGAGGCUCGACGUUCUUUCUGUCACACCUGUUCCCAGCUGGUUCCCUCCUCGUCCCUGUCCCCAGACCAUUCCUCCCACCAGCUGCAGUAUGGAGUGGAGGACUCGCUGCUGACUCGGCCAACCAAACUCCUCACUCCACACGACAACAACAAGUCCAAUGCUCAAUAUUUCUUCUCCGAGUCAUCGUGCCAGCUCCUGGUCUCGGAGCUGAAGAGGUUAAAGGUGACGAAGGUCUUGUGCGUGGGAACUCCGAGACUCCAUGAGGUCAUCCAGUGUGACCUCUCCCCGUCCAUCACCAGCCUCCUGCUGGAUGUGGACUCUAGAUAUGCAGUGUUCUAUCCUCCCUCUCUCUACCAGCGCUACAACACGUUCAACGGUCAUUUCUAUGAGGAAAAGGGGGAGGUUGAUGGAAGAAGAGGAGAGGGAGGAGAGGGAGGAGAGGGAAGAGAGGGAGGAGAGGGAGGAGAGGGAGUGUGUCGCAGGUUUCUCGACUCAGGAGUGGUUGCUCUGGUGAUUGAUCCACCAUUUGGCGGGUUGGCUGAAGUUUUGGCGAGGCAGAUACAGUCUCUCUGGGCCCUGGCUGGGAAAGAACUGAGUACUGUGCUGGUGUUUCCUUACUUCAUGGAGGCACAUGUGACUUCUGCACUGCCUUCUCUGGGAAUGUGUGACUACCAGGUGACAUAUGAAAACCACAAGCACUUCUCGUCCUCGAGCCAUUCCAAGAAGCCAAGUCCUGUGCGUCUCUUCACCAACUUCCCUCCUCCGGGUCCUCGUCUCCCUCACUCCCAGGGCUACCGGCUCUGUCGGCUCUGCCAGAGAUACGUGGCUCCAAAUAAUGUCCACUGUGCCCUUUGCGACAACUGCACUUCGAAGGACGGGAGGAGAUACAGGCACUGCAGUGAGUGUGGUGUGUGUGUGAAGCCAGGACGUGAGCACUGCAAGAAGUGUGGGACCUGCCAGCUCCCUGACCACCUCUGCGGGGACAGAAACAUGUCUAGUGAAAUGUCAAUCGAUGCCCUCAUACAGGCCGCCCAGUAUUUGGAUGGACCAGAAGAGCAGAGCCCUAGAAGCAGAGCCAGGAGCCAUAGAAAUAGAAACAAGAAGGCAACGUCCUACAGUCGGACCACUCACAAUCUUCUGGAAAAGAACAGGAGAGCUCAGCUAAGAGACUGUCUUGAGGUAUUGAGGCAACACGUCCCACUCCCAGACAAACUCACCACACUGGCCCUCCUGCAGAGUGCUAAGAAAUACAUCGAGGGUCUUCAGCAGAAGGAGAAAGAGGACAUUGAUGCCAAGAUGAAGCUCCAGCACCAGCAGACUGUUCUCCUCUCACGUCUAGCGGAGCUUGGGGCCUCCCACGUGAAAUGCCUCCUCAGUGUCAAGACCCAUGAUCCCCCUCCCCCCACCUCCCCCUCCCCCUCUUCCCCCACCUACUCCAAUGACGAGUCCCUCGACUCCACCUCCUCCCUCGGACACAACUCCUCAAAGAUCAAAGGUCAGAGGUCACUGUCCCUUAUCGACGACCUCGAUGGCCAUGACGACGAUGAUAAUGUUGUCAUCGACGUGACUACCCAUGAUUCUGACGACGAAACGAGCUCCACCACAUCCGGCAGCGACGGAGGUUGCACGGCAACCGCUCACAAGAUCCAGAUUGCCGUAUGAUGGCUGAAAUGGCGGGGGAAGGAGGGGGCGGGGCAGUCAUGCGCACCUGCUGUUCACACCCUGUAACAUAUACCCUAUUUAGUGCACCCCUUCUCCCUGCUACGUAGCCGCCAUUGAUGUCUGUGACCUCUUGUUGUCUUAGUAUUUGCUGUAGCCCACUGUAGUCUAUAGUAUCGUCUCUCUGUGUGUGUGUUAGUGUCGUCAGUGUCGUCAGUGUCGUCAGCUCCCCUUCAACAUGUCCCUUUGCCAGAACAUUGCUUCACAGAAACCACCCGCUUCAGUCGGCCUGCUUCCCGCGGGCCGGCCGGCUCUUUUGUAUGCAGCAGUAUAUUGUAUCCAUAGUCACGUGUGUCCCACCGUCUGUGUCUUGUAAUGUACGUAUGAAAGAGUGUUCUAUUUUUCUUCAUCAUUUUUUACCCACACUAUAGUGUAUAUAGUACAUAUUAUUCUGAUCAGAUCUCCGUCUGUCUGUCCUUCUGUCGUUGUGUUCAUAUCUCGUGUUAUCUGUGUUCUGUUGUUAUAGCAUUUCAUUUGCUGCACCGGAUUGUCCUAGCCAGUGGACGGUAUAAUAUGUUUCGUAACAGAAAUAAUAUGUACCAUAUGUGCAUCAUUAUAGUCUUUUCAAAAAGUGUUGGUCAAACUAUGGAACGGCAGGGUGAAAUACCAGUGAAAUAUAUUGCGUA